AUAUCAUGUAAAUGGCACCAUUGAAAAGCAUAAGGCACGUCUUAUUGCCAAAGGCUUCCACCAACAACCCGGCAUCAAUUUCUCCGACACCUUCUCCCCUGUUGUGAAACCCAUCACUCAAGCUGCUCCUGCGUCUUUUCCUCGGAUCUCGAUCAUUUCCAUUUCUUCUUCUUCCUCAGCUUUAAAACUCUGUUGUUCUUGAGUUGUUUUAUCGAUCUCUUUCAAGUCUAUUUCUUCUCUUGCUACUCUUCUAAUUGCACAUCAUGUUUUUUGCAUUCCUCGCUGCAGGAUCCUUUAGCAUCAUCUUACUUCUACCAUGAGAAAUUCGAACCAGGCGGAAAUUCCCAUGGAAGGAAGAAUUCAAACUGGAAGACGCCAUGCUAUGAAAAGCUGCAGGAACUGAUAAAGAAGCGGUUUAGUGCAUCAGAUAAUCAAAUUCAAAUUGGCCUUAUUGAAGAUACCAUGAGUCAUGAGUUGUACAAUGCUGUUCGUAAUAAUAAGAAUGAUGUAAAUCAUUUUUUGGAUGUUUUAGAGCAAGUAUGUAGAGAGAAACAAAUUGAUUGUUCCACUGUUUUGCAUCAAGCCACUCCUAUGGGUGAUUCUUUGCUUCAUGUUGCGGCUGAAUAUGGGAGAGAAAGGAUCGCAGAGCUGCUUGUCGAUAACAAUUUUCGCUAGUGGUGACAAACAAUAGGAAAGACACUGCGAUUCAUGUUGCCGCAAGAGCUAAGAAUAUUGGAGUGGAGAGUCAUCUUGUCCAAAUUUGACGAUGCUAGCAGUAAGGAUGACUUUAUUAUGUUGCCAAAUAAACUUGGGAGGAGAGCCUUGCAUGAAGCUAUCCUCAGCAAAUAUCUUGAAGGGCUGAAUUUCCUUUUAAGUGAACAAAGUGAAAGUACUUGGCCCCUCUAUUGGGACACUCACCCAGCUGAAUCACCAAUAUAUGUGGCUGUACAGGUGAGGGAUGUGAGAAUUCUUCAUCGUCUUUUGCAGAUUCCGUUUCCCUCAGGCCGGGUCAUUCAUAAGAGCCGUGGGAACUCCCCAUUCAUGCUGCCAUAUCAGAAAGCAAUAUUGGUAUGUACAUGUGUGUGAUGCCAAAUUCAUUAAUAAAAGCUUUCUUGAAGAAUAUAGUACAUGAAAAAGAGGGGCUGAUGUAUUUUAGAGAUGAACACCGAAAUACCCCUCUUCAUUAUGCAGCAUACAUUGGUUAUGUGGAAGGUGUUCGUGAACUUCUGAACAAAUCUAAUCUUGUUGCCUUUCAACGAAACUCAAAUGGCGAUCUUCCAAUUCACAUUGCUUUCCAAAGUAGCCGUGUUCAGGUGGUUAAACAACUGCUUCGAGUAGAAUGUCCUUAUACCAGAUUCUGGCUCAAUAAUAAAGGUCAAAACAUUUUACACAUUGCAGCAGAGAAUCGACAAAACAAAAUGGUAAGGUUCCUAUUAAAACACUCAAAUAUCCAUCCUGAAAAUGUGAAUGAGAAAGACCUAGAUGGAGAUGCGCCAUUGCAUUUAGCUUCAAGAAAACUGUAUCUUUGGACGCUACUCCAUCUAUCACGAGAUAAAAGGACAGAUGCGAACCUUGUAAACGACAAAGGCUUAAACGCUAGAGAUAUUGUUCUGAUGCAGGCUAAACAUCCAAUGACACGUCAAGAGUUUCGAGCAAGUAUGAUUUUAAGAACAGCAAGUGUCCCCCUUAGAAAGGAUAUGUUGGGAGUACAACGCAUAGCCAAUGCAGAAUGGAAUGUUAAGGAUGCAGCCAACACACUCAUCCUUGUGGCUGUACUUAUAGCAACAGUGACAUUUGCAGCUGGUUUCACAGUACCAGGUGGGUUUUACUCUUCUGAUGAUCCAGUACCUAAGAACAGAGGCAUGGCAGUGUUGGCUGAUAAAAAACUAUUCAAAGUAUUCAUGGCUUUCAACACGAUCUCUAUGUAUAGCUCCAUUUUCAGUUCUAUUAUUCUUCUAUGGAUGCAUCUAGGUGAUCGUCGUUACGCAAUACGAGCUUAUUUUCUUGCUAGGCUUUUUGUGCACUUGGCUCUUGGAACGAUGCCGGUGGCAUUUAUGGCUGCCAUACAUUUGGUUGUGGGCAAUAACGCUUCGCUUGGAGAUCUUGUAAAAGUCAUUUCAUUCAUCUUCAUUUCCUUUAUCCUACUUCUUCUCGUUUUAGGAUAUUUCCCUCCUGGAAAUCGCAUUCCGCUUCUUCGUCAGAUUGGAGAACUUAUUUUUUUGAUUGGUCUUAUUUUAUUUUAUGGACCUGCGGAUAGGCCUUAUGAAGCUCGUGAUGUCGACCAAUUGAACCCGGUAUAUGGGAGUUCUUGGUGCCGAUGAACACCCCUAAAUUUCGUAUGAUGACGACACAGGUGUUGUUAUCCCUUAAAUGUCACAAAGCUUGAAGAAGGAAAUGAAGAUGAAAUGUGACUUGAUUUGGAUGUAUUGCACGUGUGUAUUGGCUUGACACAUUAGUGUUGUGAUUUAAAAACAAUCAAUAUAUUUAAGAUGCAGGAGUCUUGUUUAUCUUUUUGUAAUAAAGAAAUGAUGAUGGAUUGGCCUUGCCCAUGUGUAAUUUAUUUUCAGGUUGGGGCUAGUCAUGAACUCCAUCUGUUAUUAGGUCAAGUACAUUUAUUUCUCUUGGGCCAAUAGUAAAGUCCAUCUAUCUAAAUGUAUUUCUGGUCCCAAAAAAAAUCCAUCAAAAUCUGAGCUUUUAGUCC